AGGCGUUUCGCAUUCCAUCCAUACUUGGCAAGGGUCGGUUGCGCGACUCACCUGAGAAAGGUCGGAAGCAGCGUAGGGGAUGGCGCCAGGUCGAGAGAGCACAUGGCAUCGCUUGGAGAAGCGCCUCGACGCCCUCGAAGAAGGGUUCCGGUCGCUGUCGGAGGUGGUCCUCUUGGAGUUUGAUGAAAGCAAGGCCAACUUGGGGUUUGAGCUGGAAAAAGUAUCGGCGCGAUUCCGCGCACAAGAGCGGCUCAUUGCCGUGUUGGAGAACCAAUGUAAUCGCAUGGAUACAAAGUCCCAGCAGUAUCAAUUGAUGGUGGAGAAGAAGUUGGACACGCUACAGACGCAAGUGACGCGCGUGUCAGUGGCCGUUCUAGAGAACGAAGCGGAACGAACUCGAAUGAACACAAACGUGGACCAGCUCCUCGUGCGGGAAGGGGAGUACAUUCGGAAGCAUCAUGGCAUGCAAGCCAACCAAGAUCAAAUGGGCGAGUGGCUGCAAAAGUUGAAAAACGAUUCGACCCAAGUCCACGCGUUGGCGCUUACCAUGCAAGCGGAACAUGGAGCGGCCCUAGCAUCCCUUGCCAGUGACACGACGGUGCUUGCAAAGGAACUCGGCACGUUGCGUCUUCAAAUCAAAGCUCAAACUGCGGAUUGUCUUGCCCAACUCAACUCGUUUACAGACGCGCUCGAGCAACAACGGCACCUUGAUCGAGAGUACAUGGACAAGGAAUGUGCGGCGCUGCGCGAAUCUUUGCAAACUAGUGAUGCCAUGACACGCACGUCGAUCGACGCUUUGCUGAAAAACUCGUCGAGGGUGCGUAGGACGACGAUAUGUCCCAGGGUAGCCAAAGUUGCAUGCGGCUCGUAGGUGCGUAGUGCGGUCGACGAAGGCAUUUCGUUCUGCACGUCGGACAUCAAAGUCCUGCGAGAGGAAAUACGCAACACAAGCGACACAGUUCGAACAUCUCUCACCUCGUUUGGCAACCAGAGCACCGAGGUGCAGUCCAAGGUCAGCCACUUGCUACAUGCCGUCCAGUCGCUCGCCAGCAUCUUGCACUUGACCACCCCCGUGCUUGGAUAGAUUCUAAUGUAAACGCUUCAUUCGGCAGCUUUGCCGACGUCCUGUUGAUGUGUACAGUCGCU